AGUAAUCACACUGACAACCAUGGCGGCCAACAUAGAACAAAUUUUCCAACAUUUUAUUUUGAAUAAAAUUAGAGAGAUCGAGGACCAACACGAGGGUGACAGUCCUGUUGAAACAUUAGGCAUCAGUGGAAGUAGAGACACGGCACAGAACACCGACAAGCAGGAAGCACAUGGUGGCAGUUCUAAAAAAAAACACAAGAAGCACAAAAAACAAAAGAGCAAGAAGAAGAAGAAGAAGAAAAAGAAGAAGAGAAAGCGGGGGAAGGCAGAGAGGGAGAGCAGCUCAGAUACAGGCACACAGUCAGAGGAUGGAGGACAUUGUCCAUUCAGAGGAGCACCAGGACCAGAGAAUAAGCAGCAUGGUGGUGAGGGCAAGUCCAGAUGCCACAAGGGACAUUAUUCAAGGAAGAGGAAGACGAGGAAGAGAAGGAAAGACAGUGCUUCAACAGACUGUGACUCUGAGCUGGAGUCAGAACAGAAAGGCAGCAGCAGUGGGUGUGUGCCGUCUUCAGCAUGCCGACAGGACCUGCCUGAUAUCAUCCCCAAGCAGGACAGCUUUCAGACAGCAGGGGGCAAUGCAGAGAGAGGAGGCGCACUGCGGAGCCACUGUCCACACCCAUCCCAUUCUGCUGCUCACUUGGCCAAAGACCAUUACCCCUCCGGGUCUCGAUCUCAUUCCAGUUCCAAGUCUAUACGGCAUGGCGGUACAUCCAAGACUGACUCCUGCUCACGAUCACACCGCCACAAGUCCAGGUCCAGGUCUCGGUCGAGCCGGAGCUCCAGAGCAACACGAUGCGGAUCUCCCAGGCCCAGACGCUCAAACAGCAGAACCCGGUGUAGCUGUCUCCACUGUCGCGUGCCCUCUGAAGAUAGAGGCUCCUGCUCCAAACCUGAUGCAGCUACUGGAGGCCCUCCUCCCUCUCAUUUGUUUGGCACCAUUACUCCCUCAGUCAAAGACGACCUGCCCUCUCCUGACUCCUGUAGUUCACCAGCUGCUGAAGGAUGGAAACAACUGCCUCGUGUAGAGCAUGUCUGCUUAUCAAGCUUCUCAGUGAAAAAGGAGGCCUUGGAUGCAUCUACACAGGCCUCACCAGCGUCCUCUGCAGGCGUGCUGCUGCUAUGUGACCCGCAUGAGAUGGAUGAGCAGAUCCAGACAGAGGUUGUGACAAAAGGCAGCACAGAGCUGCAGAAUACUGAUGAAAAGAAUGACGUAUCGGGAGUGAAGAGGGAAGAGGAGGGAGAGGACACAACAAGUCCCGCAGCAACAACAGCUCAUGCAGGGAAGAGGGCAAGUUCUGUUCUUGUGUCUUCACCUCAUGAUGUCUCCUUGGAAGUGGGCGAGACCAAAGAAAACCCUGGACCCAACCUCUCAGAGUGUCCAACCUCACCCUCAGCCAGGAGAGCAAAAUCACAGACGAAGAAGAGCACAACAUCCAAGUCUCUGCAGAUGAAUAAAGAUGGGAAGCCAGCUUCAAAGAGGAGGAGGAGGAGGAGGUCCAAAUCAACAUCCCACAGACAAAGCUCCCGAAAGCCUUCGCGGAGAAAAAGGUCAAGGUCACUAAAGAGAUCAAGGUCAAAGAAAAGAUCAAGGUCAAGGUCACCAGCCCACAGGUCUAGGAGACCCCUCUCCCGCUCCCGCUCCUGCUCCCGCUCCCGCUCCCGCUCCCGCUCCCGCUCAAGGUCACGGAGUCAGUGGAGGGGUACAUACAGUGGAAGUCUCAGUCAGAGGGACCGCUGGAAACGGGAGCCAAGUCACUCCCCAGUGCUCAUCCUCCGUAAAAACAGAUCCCCAGCAAGGAAGCACUGCAGUGACGGCAAGACGCCGCCACGCAUCACUGAACUGGACAAGGAGCAGUUGUUGGAAAUUGCCAAGGCCAAUGCUGCUGCGAUGUGUGCCAAGGCUGGUGUGCCCAUCCCUGAGAAUCUCAGGCCCAACAUGGUGCCCCAGUUGUCCCUGCCCCUGCCCAACAUGACCAUGAAUGCUGCCAUGGCUAGUAUGACUGCUGCCACCAUGACAGCUGCCCUCACUAGUAUGGGGGCUCUUGCUUCAUUUGCCCCACUGCCUUCAAUAACCAAUAAGCCCCCUGCUGGCCUGCCCAAACCCAGCAUGGCUGCCCUGGACGAGGUGAAGAGGAAGGUGGAGAAGCAGGCCAACAGCAUCAGCAUCAAAGAGUUUACUGAUAAAUGUAAGAUGAUUGUGGACAGUAAAGGGGAACUCCCGGUGGCAGAGCCACAUGUUUCAGAUGAAGAGGAUGAUGGGAGACCCUGUGGAACAUCUGCCCUCCGGGAAUCAAAAGCUAUCAGCAUCAGCAUUGCUAACAUGUCCGGUCGACCAGCCAUCCGUAGUGAUGCAGGCAUGGCCAAAGAAUUCCCUGUGUCCUCAGGAUCUCAGCAUCGUAGGAAGGAGGGUGAGGUGACAGGUGCCUAUGGUGAAUGGGUUCCUGUUGAGAAGACAGCAGACACGACCAAAACUUUUACUUCCAGCAGUAAAAGCCCAGUAACUGUCCCCAGGGUCACUACAGUGCUAUCAUCAGGACCGACUGUCUCAGAGACGAAGGAACAGCCAGUGUGCUUGCCAUCAUCCAGCGACAGUGUUUUUCCUGAGCUGCCACAGCAGCCAGUGGACAUCACCCAGGCCGUGACUGAGAGGAUCAAAGCUCAGAGGAGAUUGGCUGAAAACCCCUAUGACGUGGGCGCUAUCUGUAUGCUGAGCCGUGCACAAGAGCAGGUGGAUGCGUGGGCCCAGUCCAGCAGCAUCCCUGGAUUGUUCACUGGUUCAACAGGAGCUCAAGUCCUCAGCUCUGAGGAGCUCUCCACUAGUGGCCCUCAGGCAUGGCUCAAAAAGGACCAGUUCCUCAGGGCAGCUCCGGUGUCUGGAGGUGUAGGGGAGUUCCUCAUGAGGAAGAUGGGUUGGAAGACAGGUGAAGGGCUCGGCAGGAACCGAGAGGGCACUGUUGAGCCGAUCAUCAUCGACUUCAAGAUAGACCGCAAAGGGCUAGUUGCAGAAGGAGAGAAGCUUCAGAAGCAGACAGGAGGGAUGGUGGUCACAAAGGACUUGAUGGGGAAGCACCCAGUGUCAGCUCUGAUUGAGCUGUGCAACAAGAGGAAGAUAAUGCAGCCUGAUUUCGUUAUGGUGCACCACAGUGGCCCAGACCACCGCAAGAACUUCCUCUUUAAGGUGACAGUGAAUGGUAUCGAUUACCAACCUCAGACAGCCAGUCCUAAUAAGAAACAUGCCAAAGCCAUGGCAGCCACCGUGGCCCUACAAGCUUUGGGAGAGGUUCCUGUGGAAGGACCCGGACUGUACACUGGACCUGUUUUUACUGCCGCCUCUACUGGCCCCCUGUUCUCUACCUAGAGAGCGAAAGAGAAAGAGAGAGCGAGAGAGACACACACACACACACAC